AUGGUAACAGACUUUCUCCUUCUUUCUCUAGGUGAACACUCAGAGAACUGUCCCAAGACUAUGCAGAGUUUGGGAAGAAACGUGAUGCUGCCCUUGGUAUAUGAAGGAAUAAAUAAGACGAUGAACAAGAAUAUCCGCAUUGUUGUUACAAAGCAAACAUCAUUUAGCAGUGUCCACAAGAUGAAAAUUGUGUCUCUUGAUCCGUCUGAAGGGAGUUCUCCCCCCAUCUUAGAACACCGCUAUAAAUUUCACCUGGAAAACAUGAGCUUGGAGAUCCUAGACAGCAAGAAGGAGGAUGAAGGCUGGUACUCAUUGUCUCUGGAACAAAACACUUCAGUCCAUCAGUUUUGCCUGCAGCUGAUACUUUAUGAGGAGGUCUCCACUCCAGAAAUUAAGGUGUUAAACAGGACGCAGGAGAGCGGGAACUGCAGCUUGACACUGGAAUGUACGGUGGAGAAGGGGGACCAUGUAAUUUACAGCUGGAGUGAGAAGAUGAACGUCCUCCCAGUGAGCCUGGUCAACAGCUCCCACCUUCUGUACCUCACUCUUGACCCUCAGCAUGCCAACAGUGUGUACAUCUGCACUGUGAGUAACCCCAUCAGCAACCGCUCCCAGACCUUCAGCCCAUGGCGGGAUUGCCAAGCUCCUACAAAAACAAUACCAUGGGUAUUGUAUGCUUGCCUGGUCUUAGGGGCAAUUGUUGGUGUCAUGAUUCUCAAUGUGAUAAUACAUCGGUUGAGAAGAAGAGGUAAAGCACACCAUAUCCAGCCAACUGCAGAAGCAAAAAGCCUUACUAUCUACGCCCAAGUCCAGAACGCUGGGCCUGUUCAGAAGAAGCCUGAUGCCCUGGCAACUCAGGACCCCUGCACCACUAUUUAUGUUGCUGCCUCAGAACCUGUCCUAGAGCCUGUCCAGGAAACAGACUCCAUCACAGUUUACAGCAGUGUGACCCUCCCAGAAAGCUGA